CUAUGUCAUUGAGGAGAAAUGGAAUUAAAAGUUGGUAAUACUGAUUCUGAUACUUAUAAGUUAGCGGCAAGCCAAAGAUAUCCCAAAACCGUGCUGAAUGCAUUAUACAAGUCGUGGCGACAGGGCGAGUUCUGCGAUAUCACGCUGCAUGUUGGUGAGAAGAGUAUCCGAGCCCACAAGAACGUACUAGCAUCACUGUCUGAAUACUUCAAAGUCCUCCUUCGCAUAGAUGCAGAGGACAAAUCUGACGUAGAGCUACAUGAUAUAGACUUUGAUAGUCUUGAGCUUCUGCUUCAGUUUGCCUACACAGGAUCAGUGGAAGUCACUGCAGACUAUGUACAGAGCCUGUUUAUAGGUGCUGACUAUCUACAGGUUGAAUUUGUGAGAGACGCGUGUCUGAGGUUGUUGCUGAAACAUGUUGACAAAAGUAACUGUAUAUCCAUGCUGUUAUUUGCUGUUAAAUUUUACUUAAAAAAUAUUAAAAACAGAUGUUUUGACCUGAUUAAGCGACACCUGGAAGAAAUCAGCCAGUUAUCGGAGUUCUCGUCUAUCCCCUAUGACUGUGUUCUAGAAUUGGUCAGUCAGGAUACAUUAAUAAUAUUUCGAAAUGGGUUUCCUCUUCCAAAUGACCUGAAUGAAUUGGCUAUACUUAGAGCUGUGAUCUGCUAUAUCUCUGGGCAGGACGAGGCAACUAAGUUGAAUGAAGAACAAAUAUACUCUCUGGUUGUAGCUGCUCGAUUGAUCUACAUAGACUAUGAUGAAUGGGAAAAUGUCGUUAAAACUCACUCAGAUAUUCUGAUGGAGAAAAGAUUUAGUACUGUGAGACAGUACCUAUUAGAUCAUAAAGACGUUACCAACAAGUCUGUGUUGAUGUCUUUACAAAACUGUAGGUCGCCUCCACUUCACUGGAUUGUUAGACAUCACAAAGAUAAAGCUAAGAUCGUACCUGAUAAGCAGAGUAACUGUUUUAAGUCUGAAUGCAGCAUUUAUUCUAAAGGAUAUUUCAACGAUGGAAAAGGCGAGAAAUCAAAAGAACGAUCGCAGAUCUCAAAGAUAGUGCUUGUAACACGAUACAAUGAACACCAGAAAGAAAAUGUUGUCGUAGGGAUACAUGUGUUUGAUGACUACUGGCAUCACCAUGGCCUUGCUAAGGACUCCCCAGAAGCAAAAAGCAUUUACGAGGUAGAAUUAGAAAAGGGAGAGGUGAUUGUUGAAGUAAAAUUAAGGACACGGUCAAUGAUGAUAAAUUGUUUAUCAUUUGUCACCAAUCAGGGAAGAAGCCUCGGACAUUUUGGAGGUGCAGAACCUCCAAACGUUGUCCUAGAACCUCCUCCAAAUUUGAGUGGAUAUUUACACAGUUUUUCAGGUAGGGAUACAGAGUUCUGGGGCAUAAAAUCUGUCAGAUGUAUCAAUGUUAAUUGGAUAUGCCACAGAAACAUUGAAAUCGUGGAGUGCAUUGACAGCUGGGAUGUCAUGUGGCAACAUUUGGGAGAGGAUGAUGAUGAGGAGGUUGCACUUGGAUAUGGGUAUGCAUCCAGUGAUGAUUACCCAUACUAUUUUGGAGAGGACAGUGAUGAUGAUGAUGAUGAUGAUGAUGAUGAUGAUGAUGAUGAAUUGGAUGUGAUAGACCUGUGCGUUAACGACUACGAGCCUGAAAGUGAUUCUUCAUGAGUGUUGUUUUCAAAUGUAGGUGUUGAUUGUUUCAGUAUACUAAAUUAUUGAUGUCAGGCAUUCAGUUAUAUUUGACAUCUUGGUCCAAGUUUUUUUCACAGGUAAUAGUUAUGCUUAAAUUUCAGGCAUGUGCAUUUAGCUUGGAGGUAAAAAUGACUUAUUACUGUGUUUGUCCUGGAAUAAGGAAAGAUGACCAACACGU